CCUUCUGUCCCCCUUUCUCCCCCACGCGGACGCUGCUCGCCGCCUGCUCUGCUUUUGCCUUUCCACCGCGCCGCGCGGACGCCGUCCCCACUCCACGACAACGGAGCGAAACCGCCAGCAGCGAGCCGCGCUGCCCCGCCUGCCCUACUCACGUCACCCUUGACCACCAGCGCCGCGCCUUUGCCUUGGCCGCCCCGCAAACCCCAGCACCGCACCGCCGAAUGCGAGCCACGCGUCCCGGCGCUGACGCCGAAAAUCACCGGCCGUCCGGCCACGCCCAAGCCCGAGCAACCCUAGAGCCCCUCUAUAAAACCCCCUUGGGCGCCGCCUUGAACCCUAGCCCUGCUUUUCCUUGUGCGCCGCCGCCUUCCCCCAAGAACAGAGAGAAGCAGAGGAGGAAGAGGAGGGGGAAGAGGAGGAGAAGAAGAGAAAGAAGAGAGGAGGAGAAGCUCGACGCCGUCGGCCGCGAGGUGGAGCAGGAGCGCUGCUGGUGCCUCGACAUCGAGCCGACGCCGCCGUACCCGGAGCCGCGAGGAGGAGGAGGGCUGCCACCACCAGAGCUUCGUCGACCAGGCACCCCGAUCGACUCCCGCGACGCUGCUGUUCUGCCUGCACUGCCCCGGCUCGUCUCUGCGCCACCUCGCCACGGCAUCACGCGUUCUCUCCCGAGCCCGACCGGUCCUGACGUGGAGGAGUUGACCGACGUCCCGGACGAUCAGAAGAUCCGGAAGGACUACCUCGACACUCGGAGGUCCCAGAAGGACAUACCGGAUGACUAGAAGACGCCAGAGAUCAAGGAAGACUACAAAGACCUAUCAGCCUGAUAGAUGCAGAAUCUGAGUGAAGGAGUCGACAAGACGACAAAGGAAGGUGAUGUGAAGGAUGGCCCGAGCUACACUCCGAGCUGCCUGUGGAGAGGAUUCGUGAAGAUGAAGUUUGCCCAGAAGACUAGAUAUCGUUUUCGCUUUCUGUUUGUUUUCUUUUAGCCCAAGGGGCUUGUACUCUGAGAUUCGUAUUACAAUCCUUUGGAUUAUGUAAUAAAUAAACCCAUGUGAUGUUGUAAACGUGAGUUAUGUCUGUGAUAUUCAAUUAAAAUGAGUUUUGUA